AUGCCUCCCAGUAAUGCCACAGCAAGCAAGCGGAUAAAGAAGGAGAUAGCAGACCUCGCCAAGGAGUCUCUGGGCGAUAUCACUCUCACACCCAAUGAGUCGAAUAUAUUCAUGUGGCGCGCAACCCUUCCUGGGCCUCAGGGAUCGCCAUAUGAGGGCGGAAUAUUCGAGGUGGAUAUCCGGAUACCAGAGAACUACCCGUUCGCGCCGCCUCAAAUACAGUUCGUCACCAAGGUGUACCACUGCAACGUCAAUGCUCACGGGGGAAUCUGUCUUGACCUGUUGAAGAAUGCCUGGUCCCCCGCUUUAUCCCUCUACAAGGUCAUCCUCUCCCUCUCGUCCCUUCUGACCGACCCAAACCCCGCCGACCCGCUCGUCCCCCAGAUAGCGCAGGAAUUGCGGCGGAACAAGAAGAAGCACGAUGAUACCGCUCGAGAAUGGGUCAGAUUGUAUGCCAAGCCAGCGAAACCCGUCACUGCGCCCGCCGCCCCAAAACAAACUCCAUUUGAACGCGCCGCCUCAUCCCGUACAGCUCUCUCGGCCAAUUCUUCCCGCGCCCGUAAUGGUAACUCCGUCUCGUCCGUCUCUCCCGUACCACCUCCCGCCCAGAUCGCUGGUACGCGCCGCACCCAUUCUCAGGCGAACGGAACGGCCCCCGCGGCGGGCUCGAGCGGGUCCAAUACGUCUCAUGCUAUUAUCCUGGCGGAUGAUUCCGAUGAUGAGGGAAUCGAGGCGCUUUCGGAUGCGGGCUCGGAUAUCGAGGUGCUGGGUACGGGCGGCGGGUCUAGGGCGAGUGGGAAUGGGCAUCGGAAGGCGAACGGCGGGAGGGAGGGGCAUAGGGCCAAGAAGGCGAGGGGUGAUGAAGGGGGAGCGGGGUCAGGGAGGGGUGGCGCAGGUGGGGGCGACGAUGUGAUUGUGGUGGAUGACUGA